GCAGGCGGCGGAACAGUGAUCUCGCCUUCCCUCCCGUUCCUCUGCUCCAGGUGGUGGAUUACGGUAACCUCGUCGCCGCUGUCCAGGAGUAGCAUCGGAGACGGCUGCUUCGACUUCCCAAUCCAUUUUCUCUCCCCACUAAACUUCUGCUAGUUUUCUCGCCGGGUAGGGUGACAGAAUUAGGGUUUAAGCUUUUCGGAAAGGGAAAGGCUCGGAAAGGGAAAGGGAAAGGCGCCGGAGUAGGAAAUCCAUGGGGAAUCCGGAUCUGUUGCUCUUCAAUUCAAUGUCGAAGCAGAAGGAGUUGUUCAGGCCUCUGGUCGAAGGACAAGCCUCCAUGUACGUCUGCGGCAUCACGCCUUACGAUUACAGCCAUAUUGGACAUGCUCGCGCUUACGUCGCUUUUGACGUCCUCUACAGGUAUUUGAAGCACUUGGGUUAUGACGUCAAAUAUGUGCGCAACUUCACUGACAUUGAUGACAAGAUAAUUAAAAGAGCAAAUGAAUCAGGGGAGGAUCCAUUAAGUUUGAGCAGUAGGUUUUCCGAAGCAUUUUUGCAUGAUACAGCCGAACUCAACUGUGUGCCUCCAACUCAUCAACCACGCGUUUCUGAUCACAUAGAGCAGAUAAAGGAUUUGAUAACCAAGAUAAUGGAGAAUGGAUGUGCUUAUACUAUAGAAGGAGAUGUUUACUUUGCAAUUGAUAAUUUCCCUGAUUAUUGCCAACUAUCUGGACGAAAGCUUGAUGAUAAUCGUGCUGGUGGAGGUGGAAGAGUUUCCGUUGAUUUAAGAAAGAAAAAUCCAGCAGAUUUUGCACUAUGGAAGGCCGCUAAGCCUGGUGAGCCAAGCUGGGAUAGUCCUUGGGGUCCUGGCAGACCAGGUUGGCAUAUCGAAUGCAGUGCCAUGAGUUCACAAUAUUUAGGUACUACUUUCGAUAUUCAUGGUGGAGGAAAGGACUUGAUUUUUCCUCAUCAUGAGAAUGAACUGGCCCAGAGCAAAGCUGCAUGCCCUGAAUUCAAAAUAAGCCAUUGGAUGCAUAAUGGCUUUGUGAACAAGGAUAAUCAGAAAAUGUCAAAGUCAGAUGACAAUUUCUUUACUAUUCGAGAUAUUAUUGCCAAAUACCAUCCACUGGCUUUGAGGUUUUUUUUGAUGCGCACACAUUACCGUGCUGAUGUAAAUUACUCUGAUAUAGCACUUGAAAAUGCAUCAGAUCGAGUCUUCUAUAUUUAUCAGACACUUGAUGACUGCAAACAAGGUCUUUCUCGAUUCCGGGAAGAGGAACUCAAAGGCCAAAUCCCAGCUAAGGUCAAGGAAUCAAUCGAUAAAUUCCAUUCAAGUUUCAUAGAAUCUAUGUCAGAUGAUCUUCACACUACUGCUGUAUUGGAUGAUCUUAUGGAACCACUUAAGGCGAUAAAUAGUAACUUGAAGCAGUUAAAGGGUAAGAAACCGCCAAAGCCUGUUAUUCUUUCUCUUCUCGCACUAGAGAAAGAAGUCAGAGAUGUUCUUGACAUUCUGGGACUCUUGGGUGCUUCUUGCUCUGAGAUUCUUCAGCAACUAAAAGAUAAAGCUCUGCUUAGAGCCGGGUUAACUGAGGAACAAGUACAACAGCUGAUCGAGGAAAGGAACUCAGCGAGGAAAAACAAGGAGUACGCGAUCUCAGACAAGAUCAGAAAAGAGCUCUCUGUUAAGGGCAUCGCCCUAAUGGACGAAGCAAAUGGGACCAUAUGGAGACCGUGCGAGCCUGAGAAAGAUGCAACCGAAUUGGUCUCUAAUUGCAGUAUCGAAAGCUGACAUUAGUCGAUUGCCGACUCCAUAUUUAUGAUUUGUAUGAGUUUUGAUCACAAUUCUACUCAAAUAUUUUGAUUAACAUGUAACAAUAUUAGUUGCUUGUAUUCCAAAAACAACUUCAAUGUCACAAAUAAUGAUGAGUCUUUUUUUUUCUUUGCAAAAAUUAACAUGGUGGGUUCAAGUGA